AUGCAUCGCGCUCUCACAGAGGACAAGGUCGACUUUGUCAGUUUGUUCCUCGAGAAGGGUUUGGUGAUGAACCAAUUUCUGAGUCUGCAGCGCCUCCAUCUCAUCUACAACCAGACGCAGGCCAGCGUCGAGUUCCAGCACCUUCUGGAGCACUUCAAUCUCUUGACGCCGAGCCGCUCUGGCCUCAAGUCGAGCGGAGGCGCACGACGAGUCCACUCCGCCGACCCUCGUGAGGCGACAUUGUUCGACGUCGAGUCCUUCUGCAACGUGUACGAGGCAGGUGGUCUACCUGAACAACGUGCGCCGGCUCUUGAAGAAGCUGCUCCUUCAGUUCGUGCAGCCUUUGGUCCCUGCCCGCCGGGCAACUCGAGUUCCGUCCAUCCACGAGUCCGUGAAGGUCUACAGCUCGAGACCCGAAACCCGGUUAGGAGGGUAGGCGAAGGUGGGUGCCCAGCGGAGACAGAUUAUUUGUCUGCUUCUGCAGGCACUGGCAGCGAUGGCAACCAUCGUAACGAACGAGAAUCGCGGUCACUUCCGGCGGGACUCGAACCAAGAAUCUGUGGUUGCUUGGAGGUGAAUGUUGGCAGUGAUAAUGUACAACCGGAGCUGCGCAGGGACUUUGACAACAUCCGGUUCGACUGUCCAUCUCAGGUAGGCAACACCGAUUGCCGGUUGCGUUUGUUGGUUGUUGGUUAUUGGUCGUUGAUAUUGAAAGACCUGAUUGGUUUCUUACGCUGUCUGUCUGUAUUCUUGCUCAGACGUGUGUCUGCAUGCGCAUGCAUGUACGUGACGGCGAGUGGAAUUAUCUCCAAAAAGAAUAGUACCGUCGCCACUUGA